AUGAAACAAGACAAAGAAGAUUGGAGAAAUUUAUAUGCAACUCAGCAUAUAGCAUCUUCCGGCACACAAUGGAAAUUCAUAACACCAGCCGCUCCCCAUCAUGGAGGCCUUUGGGAAGCAGCUGUACGUUCCGCAAAGAAGCAUCUCUAUCGCACAAUUGGCCGUCAAAUUUUACGCUUCAAUCAACUGAGUACUUUACUCGUCAGGAUUGAAGCCUGUUUAAACUCCCGGCCACUAGUUCCCCUUCACGACGAUCCAAGUGGUAGCUUCGCACUCACACCUGGCGACUUUCUCAUUGGUCGACCGAUCAAUUCCAGACCAGAGCCGCCUGUUGCAGAUAUUCCAGAAAAUCGUAUUUUGUAUUCACAACAAUUGCAGAAAAUGUUCGAGCACUUUUGGAAGCGUUGGAACCGCGAAUAUUUAUCUAGCCUACAAGCUCGUCGGAAAUGGGAACGACGACGUGAGAAUCUACAGCAGGGAGAUAUCGUUUUAAUUCAAAAUGAGAAUUUACCCCCCACCCAUUGGCGCAUAGGACGCAUAACAGAAGUACACCCAGGAGAUGACGGAUUGGUACGAAUAGUAUCUGUAGAAUACAACAGUGACAAGCGUACACCUGAAGGACUUUUUCUAAAACACCACUGCCAACGACCAGUGCAGAAGAUUUGUCGCCUUAUCGAUCCAAAUCCACAAGUUCUGAACCCUGACGGUUCAGCCGGGGAGGAAUGUUAA